UUUAUGCAUUUUAUGUCAAGUGCAAUAAGAGUCAAACAUUACACUUCCCUUGUAAAACAUAGUUGUCAAACAAACAUUGUACAAAGAAACAAAGAUCUUGACGUAAGAAAUUUGGAAUCCAAAAUAUCAUUUCUAAGAAACAAGCAGUCUGUAACAAGUAAGCAGUCAGUACCAUACUGUGUACCGUCGUGUCUGCCAGUCCUCUGUCAUUCGGCAACAAGCAACGAACCAUGUUGGCAGCUGAAUCACUGCUCAUGUCUAUACUGUUGGCUAAUAGUCUCGCUAUUAAGUUAGCUUAUGAUCCGAUAGAUUAUGGAAAAUACAGUGCCACAUAUGAGAUGGGAUUCAUGGAUGCUGCUAUUGCUAUAGUAGAAGUAGACAUGUUGGCAGAUCAACCUGGCGUUGGAGUACCGACACUUCGCGGUUUAGGUGUCGCGUUCGAUUACAACAGAAUCAUCACAUCGUAUAACUCCAUGCGACCUUUUGUUUUAACCGAAGGAUCAUUUGAAAAGGCUUAUGCUGUAGUUUUAAAAGGAAGAAGUUUCAGUACACACAAUCGGACAUAUCAUCAUGACCUUGCUGUUUACAAAAUUGUGUGCGGACGUCAACCUAUAUAUGUAGACAACAUUCCCGACCAUUUGUGGUUCGACAAAAUUAACCAGACCUCGCCAUAUCACGACUUGUUCGUGUUAAGAAUCGAUGGAAAUUUAACUAGAAAAACAAAUGCUUAUAGCCAUAAGAAUCCUUAUAAGGAGGGUCAGUAUUAUGCCAUAGACGAUUUUAAACAAUCAUUGGAUGGGCUAUAUCUGAAUAUGGUUUCGCCCGUAAAAAAAUUCUAUGGUAAGAUAAAUUUUGGUUUCUAUUAUUACGUGCCAAACAAAAAACAGCACGAGGUGGAAAUCUCAACAUCAACAUUAAAGGUUGACAUAGGCCGUUGCCUGUUUGCAAUACCGCGUAUUUGGGGAUAUUUUCUUUGCAUCGAAUAUUCCGUAUAUUAUAGAUUUUUAUCUGGCGCAAUAUUAUUACUCAAUGGAGAGGUAAUUGGAAUUGGCUCCUUUCAAUAUUUUGCAGAAGCUACGAAUAGAAUUCUUGUGUUCACUGAUGUAAGACCAUAUCGUUUUAAUUUAUUUUAUGCCUGUACAGAACUCGAAACCAGUGGCACCGCGGAAAAUCCACUUAAGAAAAAAAUAGGUAAAACCUAAAACAAAGAAUUAAAACUAAAAGACAUAAAAUGACUAUUAUAAGAACUAACUAGUAGGUUAGAAGUCGGUGCCAUAAGUUCUAAACAAAUACAUUCAUAUGUAAGUUGUUUACAAUUUUGUGUUUAUAUUUUUUAUACCGUAUGGGGACACCUCUUAUGACUUAAUUUAAACUACAUAUUUGUUAUCAUCUUGGCAGACAAUUCACGAAAAAUGAGCGAAAUAGGCCCAGUAGUUAAGCCAAAAAGAGCAUUAUUCUCUUUGAGCUAAUUUGAACACUACAAUUCAUACUUACAGCAUUAUAAAAGCCGCGUUGCAUGUCUGUAACAUUCCUAAACAAGGUACCUACAUUACAGCUCUUCUGUGGUCAAGAAACAUGAAGCUGAUUCUACAGAAUUUAAGACUAGAUUAAUUUCAUUAUUUAUUUAGUUUAUUUUUUUUUAAUUUUCUUUCUCGUUGAAAUAUUUAUUUGUAUUAUGCUUCUGUAGACGAGUACUACUUGUAGUUUCAUUAAAUCAUAUGAAUGAUCUCUAUACUGUAUAAGUUUACUAGCUUCUGCCCGCCACUUCGUCCGCGGAAAAAUUAUUGUUUUAACAUAAGAUUACACUCGGCGCUAUUGUAGCUUCAUAUUAGUAAAAGAAUUUUUGGAGUCGGAUCUGUAAUUUCGAUGAUUACCGAAACUCUCUUGUCUGCUCAAGGUUAGUCCCUUAGUCGCCUUUUACGUACCUUCGGGUUGAAAUGGUACGAUGAUGUCAUUAAAUAAUUUGUGUCACAUAUCAAUCAAUUAUAAUCUGCUUCAAUUACAUCAAAUACGUACCAACGAACGAACGUAGGUACAUUCAAGUUCAGUACCUAUUUAAUUUAAUGCUUUUCUAUAUACACUAUUUGAGGUGGUAUUAUUUUCCGGUAAUAAAAUAAUUUGUUUUUCGGAUGAUCCAACUCGUGAUAGACCAACAUAUAAUUGCCCAUGAGAAAAACAUUCUUGUCGCAGGUCUAUGCCAACCAAGGAGAAUGUUUGUCCCUGGGAUUUGUUAAUAGUCAGGGCAAAUGAAACACCAACUUACGACACCGUGGGCAUAAUAAUUCGAGAGGAUCAUCAAUCCGUGGAAAAUCUUAACACCGCGAUUCAGAAAACCGGCCAAGUGCGAGUCAGACUCGCCCAUGAAAGGUUCCGUAGCAGCAAGUAGAUGACAUAAUAUAAAAGUUAUAAAAUAUUUGAUGAUAGUUUUGUCGGACUGUACACUAGUUCAUAAGUUUUUUAACAUGUACCUUUUAUUAAAUAAUAAUAUAAUAGGUAAUAACUUGGUUUCAUAUAGUGUCUGUAUGAACGACAAAGUUAUAUCUGCGGUUUUUUGAAAAUGUUUUAUUUCUUAAAAACUAAUAUUGACAUCUCGUUCAAACCAAUUUUCGUUGAAGGUUCCAUUGAAAUCUGCAGCGCAUAUUUUUUUUAGUUUUCUCACUCUCUUAUUUUAAAAGUUAGAGGGGGAGGGACACUCCUUUUUCCACUUUGGAAGCGUCUAACUUUUAAACGAUUGAUUUUGACGAAAAAUGGUUUCAGGAACCUUAAUGUCUUAAUGUUAGACAGACAGACACAUACAGAAAGUCAUAGGAUACCAUGACACGCCGUACCACACCGGCUUUUACGGUAAAGUAAAGAUUUUGAAUGAAACUAGGUAUAUUUAUAACGCUUUGAUUGAACUUAUCUUUAUGGAAUUCUGUGUAUAAUUUUAUUGUAACUUUCGUGAGACAUACUACAUUAGUAUGUUAUCAGCUUACUCACGUAUUUGUUUGACGAGGAACUCGACUAGUUUCAAGCCAUGCAAGAGGCUCAUAUUCAUGAGCAGCAUUCCGCGACACACGACGCGGCGAUUGUCACGCUGCUACUGACUCGUCAAACAAAUACGUGAGUAAGCCGAUAACAUAAUAAUUAAUUCUGUGUAUAUCGAUAUUUCGGUGCUCUGGUUACUUUUAUGUAUACCGACCAGGCUAUAGCCUGAUUUUUUAUCACCAGCCAAUUUUUUUCUGAGAGUUAGAUAUCAUUCAAACAUUCCAUUUUAAAUAAAAAAAAAAUACAGCCGACUUCACUGAAAAAAGACGGUAAAAAAAAUCAUUGAAAGGACCAAAUUAACUUUGAUUUCGAAAGUCGGUGUUUCUCAUUAUUGUUUGUUUCUUAUUUAACACCGACCUCCAAAAUAAAAGUUAUUUUGACCGUUUUAGUGUUCUUUUUAAACCGAUUUUCUCCAGUGAAGCAGUUUAUUUUUUUAUUUAUUUUUUUCUUAAAAGUUUUUUUUAAAGGAAUGUUUGAAUGAUAUCUAACUCUCAGAAAAAUUUGGCUGGUGAUAAAAAUCAGGGAGCCUACUCUAAUUCAACGAACGAACGAAAAAACUUCGCAGAUUGCAUACUACAAUUCUAUUUAUUGCGAACUUUCGUGAACAAAAAUGAACGAAUGAAAGGAAGAUAAAUAAAUAGGUUUUGAUAUGAAAUUAAAAAUAAAACGUUAUUUCAAGUUACUUUUAGUAAAUCAAUAAGACCUACGGCCGAAGAUUAAACGAAACUUCGAAUUCGAGAACCGGAGUAGGCCCCCAGGCUGUAUAUUUGAGUCCCGUGAAUGUCGCUUUACAUCUGACGCUGACUAUU